AUGCGAUUUAUUGUGCUGGAGAGCUCGUCGGGCACCGGCAAGACGCAGAUGGCGUUCAAUCUUGAGACCACGGAGGCUUGUGACGUGUUCUACGUGCUGUGCACACCAGUAGCCGAUCGGGACCAAGAUGUGUAUCGAGCUUUCGCUACGCGCUCGAACACGUUUGUGGAGUGCCUCAGCAAAGACCUGGAGGUAUUGAAGACUGGGUCCUUUGGGAUAACAACUAAGCUGUACGAGUACGCUUUCAUCGCCGCUGCGGUCCGUGGCGACGACACCUUUCAAGGCCGAGCAAGGCGGGAACAAGUGGAAGAAGCUCUCGACCGCCGAAAACAAAUGAACGGAGGCAAACCGUUCGUGUUCUUUCUCGACGAGUUUCCUCGCAUCAAGGCGUCCUUGUGUGGUCACGAACGUAAGGAGCGUGAAGCAAUGACUCGAUAG